AUGGAGUACCGAGGCGGUGGCUACGCCAUCCUCCGGGCCUUAUGGGAUGCCCACGAAAAGGGUCUCCCACAGCUGCCGGUCAGCAAGAUCUGCCAGCUGGCCAAGCAAUGGUGCUCUCAGCAUAUGGAUGUCGGACUCUUUGCAGGUCGUCAGUUGGGCCUCGGGUGGGAUGCGCACCGCUCCCUGCUCAAGCACAAUCUGGUCCAGAAGUCCACGCUCAAAGCCCGCAAGCUUCGGGAUCGACUGGAAGUUCUCUCUCUGACUGAGGAAGGGCGGCUGCUGGUCAAGAAGUUACUAGACAGUUUCCCGGGCAAUGAUGAGCUGCCGCAGACGCCGGCUAGGCGCCUGGCGCGACAUCCCAGCUUGACGCCCAUCAAGGAGGAGAAGUGCCCUGUGGCUCUAGCUGAGCCGCCCGCCAAGAAACCCAGGCUGGAAGAGGAAGCAGUUCCACCGGCUCAACCGGUUCCACCGGUUUCACCGGUUCCACCGGCCCUUCCCAUGCCUUCCCUCAAGACUUUCUGUCGAGGUGUGGCCCGCUGCUUUGCUGCCCUGGGGUCUCCGAUCCCAAAGCAGCAGCUCUUCGAGUUGGUCAAGAGCGAAGACUUCACCCAAGAUGCUUUCGAGGCGCAGCUCAAACGGCUGGAGGGCAUGAACAAGCUGAUGGUCGAGGAGGACGAGGUCCACUUGGUGUGA